AUGAUUUCAAAGUCAGUUUUAUACAUUUCUUGUGACAUUUUAACUGCUUUGUAUUUAAAAUCGUACAAAUAUUUAUUCAUAUCACUUUUAAUUCCUUCUGAUUCUUCUAGCCUAGAAAAUUUUAUUUUGUGUUUGAUUGAUUAUGACUGCUGUUUUGAAGAAUUUUUGCCUUACAUUUCAAUUUUUUAUUAUCCUGUUGUAAAUUUUUGGUAUGGUAUUGAUGUCAAUUUUAAUGCAGAACAAGAUGCAAAAUAUUUCAUAAAACAAAAAUCUUUUUUAGCUUUUUUGUAUUAUCUCCUAAGUUUUAAAAUUGAAUGUAAAGAAUAUGAUAAAAUAUAUAGGACAUGCCAUUUGCCAUCAUUUGGAAUAACUUGGUUUAAUUUUUUGCAUAUUUUUUAUGAAAAUUCUUUCCUUGUUUUUAAUAUCUUAAAUAUUGGAUACAUUUAUGCUAUUUUGAAAUUUAAAUAUUUUUUAAAAUUAAACAAACUUAAAAAACCAACAAACUAUCAAAAAUCUCAUAUGUACAAAUUUAUUUUAAUAUUUAAACAAAGUACAUUUAAGAAUUAUUUAAUUUACAUUAUCAAAAGUAGAUUUUUAUUUGUAUAUUGUAUCUUAUAUGUGAUAUGGAGACAUGUAUAUUUUCUUGUACAUUCAAUUGGUAUAGGUAAUCCCAAUUUUAUGUUUUGGAUUAAUGUUAUAUUUCUUUGUGUAUUUUUAUAUGGCGUGUUUGGUUGUAAAUUAAAGGUAAAGAAGUAA